UCAUCAGGGAUGGAGCACAUCAGACUGCCAAAGAUUGAAAAUGUCCGUUUAGUGUCCGGUUACUCCUCUCAAAGAACUCAAUUGGGCACACUUUACCUGACUGCUACACACACUAUCUUUGUAGGUAAAGGAUCUGAGGUCAGAAAUGAGCUGUGGGUUCUGCACAGUUUAGUGAAUAAUGUGGUAAAGCAGAAAGCAUCUCAGAGCGGGUACCCUUUAUUGGUUCACUGCAAGAACUUUCAGCUCAUACAAUUUAUCAUUCCUCAAGAGAGCUUCUGCCAUGAUGUGUUCAUUUCACUCACGCGUCUCUCCAAGCCAGAAAGAUACGAGGAAUUGUAUUGCUUUUCUUUUAAUCCUAAUGUUGACAAAGCUGAACGAGAGCGCUCGUGGCAAUUUUUGGAUCUGAAGGCAGAGUACAGUCGAAUGGGACUUCCAAAUAAACUAUGGCAUGUCACUCCCAUCAACCGAGAGUACAGAGUGUGUGAUACUUACCCAGCUGACCUGUUUGUUCCUAAAUCAGUCACCCUCCCUGUCAUCAUAGGCAGCUCCAAGUUUCGUAGCAGAGGUCGAUUUCCCACGUUGUCGUACUACUGCAAAGAAAACCAUGCUGCGAUAUGUCGCAGCAGUCAGCCUCUCUCUGGCUUCAGUGCACGCUGUCUGGAGGAUGAACAAAUGUUGCAGGUCAUCAUGAAGGCCAAUCCUGGUAGCAGAUUCAUGUAUGUUGUGGACACUAGACCCAAGCUAAAUGCAAUGGCAAACCGGGCUGCAGGCAAAGGCUAUGAAAAUGAGGACAACUACUGCAACAUUAAAUUCCGGUUCAUCGGCAUUGAAAACAUCCACAUGAUGAGGAACAGUCAGCAGAAACUUAUAGAGGUUUCUGCACUGCGUUCUCCAUCCACUGAAGAAUUUCUCUUGGGGGUUGAAAAUUCGGAAUGGUUAAAACACAUCAAAUCAAUCUUGGAGGCUGGAAUCUUUAUAUUGAAGGCUGUAGCAGAGGAGGGAAUCAGUGUCUUAGUGCAUUGUUCUGAUGGCUGGGAUAGGACAGCACAGGUGUGCUCUGUGGCCAGUGUGCUGCUGGACCCCUACUACAGGACCAUCAUGGGAUUAAUGGUGCUGAUUGAGAAAGACUGGGUUUCAUUUGGACACAAGUUUUCGCACAGAUACAGUCAUCUUGAUGGAGAAGCCAAGGAAGUGUCACCUGUCAUUGAUCAGUUCCUGGAAUGUGUGUGGCAGCUUAUGCAGCAGUUCCCAUGUUCUUUUGAGUACAAUGAGAGAUUUCUUAUUAGCAUCCACAAUCACAUCUAUUCCUGUCACUAUGGCAACUUCAUUUGUAACAGCCAGAAGGAAAAGAGAGAACUUUGUAUCAAAGAGAAAACACAUUCCAUAUGGCCUCAUUUAUGGGAGAAAAAGCUGGACUUCAUGAACCCUCUGUUCAAACCCGAUCACAGCCAGACUAAGGGACUUUUGAGGCCCAGUACUGCCCCCUACUGUUUCAAAUACUGGAGAAGUUUGUAUAAUCAGUUUGAUCGUGAGCUACAGCCGCGUCAGUCUGAGCUGGAUUGCCUGAUUGCUGUAAAAGAGGAAACAAAACAACUUGAAGAAGAAUUAGCUCUCUAUGAGCAGAAACUGUCUAUCCUGGAUAAGGAGCGUGCAAAAGCACUUUACAUGCAGAAAGGUGUGUUGGACAACAAGCAGACCAUUUGGGCCGCACCUUCAGAUAUAAGCCUGGCCAAUACACCUCAGGAUUACAUUGGUGGAUUUGUAGGUGGCGCUCCCAAUGUUUUCAACCUCCAACAGAGGGAGAGAGAAAGUACAGAGCUACUGUUUGUAGAUGGACUGAACAGCUCAGAUGCUGGUAACAGUGACCAGGAGUUGGGAGUGGCUGAUUUCUGCUGUCAUUCCUCUGGCGAAGAUUCCCUGCCAAGUGAGGACAGUGUGAAGGAUCCUGACUCCGAUGAGACCGGCUCCAGCAGAGCAUGAACAACUGCAACACACAUUGUAAAAAGAGAAAGCUAGAGGAUUUCCAAAGUGACUAUGCGAUUAGUAUGAGAGCAUGGGUAUUUCAAAAUAUGCAAAGAUAUUGGACAGUGUGGACCUGUUUCUCGUGUUGCACUAAAGAAGCUGUCUGAUUGUGCAUUGCAGGUUUACUACAGUAUGUAAUGUGUGAUGUUUUAUUCUAUCAUGUACAUGUAUACGUAUGUUACAUGAUUUAUAUUUAUGAUUUCACAUUGCCAUGUAUGUUAACAUUAAAUACUUGUGUAAAAUAAAUGAUCUCAUCCUAAUUUUUUGCACCUUAUGCACUUGAAUAAGACUACAUAAAAAUACUGUUUGUUGUGAAAUGAUUAUGAAUAUGAUAUUCUCAUUUUGGGGGGUGUUAUCAUUUAAAGAUAUUUAUUCCUUGGAGCAUUCAGCAAGUUCUGGGUAGUUUGCAUAGUUUACAACUUCUGAAACCACAGCGUUUAUGCAUACUCUAAUGUUUUACACACUAAAACUUGGCCUAGCAUAUGUUUGUUGAAAACAAAUUCAAAGAAAGAAAGAAAGAAAGAGAAAAAAGCCUAACCACACCAAAUAAGAUAUACUGUAUUAGAUGCAGCACACUAUACAUACUGAAUGUUCCAUUACGUUGUAUUUAUUCAAUCAGUUUUGGUACUAGUGAAAAAAAUAUGUUCUUGACAAUAAUUUUGAAGGAUCAGAUGGAGACAAUCAGGUGUUGGUUACAGUGCA